AUGUCUGAUUCACAAUUGUUCGAGUUCGAAACGUCGGAACCGAUUAUUGACAAACGGAAAUCGUAUGAAGAAUAUACUCAUAACAUUAACUGCGCACAAAUCGUUAUCGACUCGAAAAUACGACGACUACAGAAUUUACAGAAACAGGUAAGAAACCUUCUUUACAGAGCAGAAAAUGACAAUAACUUUCUUUACAGAACCUAAAAUAGCAAGAACUUUAUUUACUAAACUCAUUUUACAUGCCAAUUGCAAUAACUUUUUUUACAGAACUUAAAAUGACAUUAAUCGUAUAACUUGUCUCCCGCAGGCUGAAACGAAAAGAACUUUCUCUACAGGGUUUAAAAUGACAAGAACUUUCUUUACAAAGGAAAAAAUGGUAAUAACUUUCUUUACAAACCAUAAAAUGGCAAUAACUUUUUUUAUAAAGCUUAAAAUGGCAAUAACUUUCUUUACAAACAAUAAAAUGGCAAUAACUUUCUUUACAAACAAUAAAAUGGCAAGAACUUUCUUUACAAACCUAAAACUUUCAGUUAUCGACCAUUCAACAGACCUACGCCUCGAAAGAUCUCCAAUCCCGCUCGACGAUAGCCGGCUAUCACAUGCGAGUCGAAGCCCAACUUCGAAAAGCAAUCACGUUGAAGAACGCCCUAAGCACGUUGGACGUUGAAGCCAUAUCGAUGGAAGAGUAUGUGAGGAUAUUAAAACAGGUGCUGGACUUUUAA